CUGUGUUUACGACGGUACUGUGAUUGGAUUAGGUUUAGAUUUUUGUUAUUGUUAUUAUUUAGUUUUUUAGGUUGUGAGCUUGUGAACAGUAAUUGUGGCACCGUUCACUUGUGCCGCUGUGGAAAUUAUUGAGGAAUGCUGAUUAGUGAUUACGGACAUCGAUGAUGGACCUUUCUUGACGGGUUCAGGAUAGCACGAUUCCGACGCCUCAUACUAUAGUAGUUCAUUGUUCAUUUAAUCCCGAUUUAGAAGAGAACUACAUAUUGUUAUAAAGUAAAUUGAGACUAGCAUCGUUUCCACCUGUUGUCCAAACACUACAGAUAUCUCACAAUGGAAGAAAAUAGUGUUAGCCCAUCCGAUGCUAAUAAAAUUAACCAGCCUGUUGUUGAUGAAUGGAAAAAUGAUGUAAAUAAUACUUCCAAUAAUGAUAACUAUGAGAAUAAUGUAGUAGAAACACUAAAUAAUACCACAUUAGAUGAUAAUUCUGUGUUUAAAAAUGCUGAUAGAGAAACACGAGAAAAUAACUGUGAUUUAUCUAACAAUGAAAACAACACUUGGGUUAAUCAAAAUGAACCGAAAAACCAAUUUGGUAAUAAAAAUAACUCAGGAUAUCAUAAAGGACCAGGACGAUUUAAUAAAUCAAAUAAUGGCAAUAAUUCUUAUGAAAAAUCAUGGAGUAAUAAUUCCACUUCAAAUAAUAACGGACGUGGCCGUGGCCGUGGUCGUGGUCGUGGUCGAGGUAUUAUUAAAAGACUUGAUGAAGAAAAUGAAUCAUUUAGAAGUGAAUAUGACUCUGAUAUUAAUAAACAUGGUGAUAACACUGCCCCUAGUCAUCGAGGUCGAGGACGAGGACAUAAUAGAGGUAGAGGUGGAAGACGUGAUCAAUCAUCAGGUGGCUGGUAUGGCAAUAGUGAAGACGUUCAUAAAAAGAAUGAAAAUGAUAAACCAAUUAUUCCAAAAGCACAGUACAUUCCUCCUGAUAUUGAAAAUGAAGAGUCUAUUUCUGGAAUUGAGGCAGGGCUUAAUUUUGACAAGUAUAAAACUAUUGAAGUAAAAGUGAGUGGAACUAAUCCUCCACAAAGUAUGACAUCGUUUCAUAGUUCUGGUUUGUGUACUAUUUUGUUAGAUAACUUAUCUAAUUGUAAUUUCUCUACACCAACUCCAGUACAAAAUUAUGCAAUACCUAUUAUCAUUAAUGGCAGAGAUUUGAUGGCCAGUGCCCAGACUGGUUCUGGAAAAACUGCAGCGUAUGUUUUACCUAUUUUGCAUAAUUUACUAAAGCAACCAACACAAUUAAUUUAUGACGAAAAUCAUUGUCAACCACAUGUUGUUAUUAUUGCACCUACAAGGGAGUUAGUGGCACAAAUUUCUGAAUGUGUAUGGAAAUUUAGUAAAGGAACUGAUAUUAAAAAUGGGUUACUGUAUGGAGGUACAUCUGUUUCGUAUCAAAAAUCUAAAAUCCUGCAGAGAGGGGUUCACAUAUUAACUAGUACUCCAGGACGUCUUAAUGAUUUUGUUGAAAAAGGUAUUGUGACUUUCUCUUCAGUUAAAUUUUUUGUUUUGGACGAAGCAGAUAGAAUGUUGGAUAUGGGAUUCAAACCUGAUAUAGAACGAGUAUUAACACAUUCAACUAUGACUCCCAUUGAGUCGAGACAGACAAUAAUGUUUUCUGCUACAUUUGCAAGUGAAAUACAACAUAUGGCCACUUCAUACUUGAAACCGGAUUAUAUAUUUGUAGCUGUUGGAGAAAUAGGAGGAGCAUGUAAAGAUGUUGUACAAACAGUAAUAGAAGUCACAAAAUUUAAAAAAAAAAAUGAAUUACUUGAUGUAAUUAAAAAAAUGGAAAAUUGUCAAGGUACAAUAGUGUUUGUCGAGAGAAAAAAAGUGGCAGAUUAUACUGCUGCAUAUUUAAGUGAAUUAGAUUACCCUACUACUAGUAUUCAUGGUGCACGCGAACAACCUGAACGAGAACAGGCAUUAAGAGAUUUCAAGACAAAUAAAAUGAAAAUUCUUGUAGCUACUGCUGUUGCAGCUCGUGGCUUAGACAUUAAAGGUGUGAAUUAUGUAGUGAACUUUGAUCUACCAAAAACAAUUGAUGAGUAUGUCCAUCGUAUUGGGCGUACGGGUAGAUUAGGAAAUGCUGGUAAAGCAAUUUCAUUUUUUGACCCAGAAUUUGAUGGUCUAUUAGCUCCUGAAUUAAUUAGAAUUCUCAAACAAGCAGAUCAAGAAGUACCAUCAUUUCUAAAUGACGCUUCUGAACGUAUUCUUCUAGCCUCUCCAGCUAUUGACAAUUUCAACGAUAUAAGAACGAAUGUUGAUGUCACAUCCAACUUGGUUGCUACUGAAGAAGAAGAACAGUGGUAGAUUAUUUGAUUAGUUUAGGAUUUAGAUUUACAAGAGUAUAAAUACAGAGUAAUUAUUUUAAUAUGAAUCAGUUAAUAUUAUUAAAAUUCAAGAAUCUAAAUCUGUUAUAAACAUGGUUUGGGACUUUAGGCAUUUACUUUUUUAUUUGAAUUGACUUUGAGCAAAGACACAAUUGUUAUAAAAAUGUAUGUUAUAUUAUUAUAAUUUAAAAUAUUUAAUUUAUUCAAAUAGUUUUUUGUUAUUUUUUUUUCUUUUUACUUUAAAAUAACUCAGAUAGACAGGAAAACACUGAUAAAAAUCUAAUUUUUUCCUUAGUAGUGUGUUUAUGAUUGAAUGUUGUUUUUUAACGUAUUACCUAUAUUUAGUAGUAAUACUUAUCUUGUCUUUGUUAAUUUUUGAUCUGUUGUGUCGGUCAUGACUAGUCAUGGGUUAUAAAAAUGUUUCAACAUGGUUUAAAAUAUGGUCAGUUGAUUUUUGGUAACACUGUUUUUAUAUUUUAAUUAAAUUAAUAAAUUUAAAAUUGGAAAAUGAAAAGUUUGUGCGGUAUAAAAAGUUAUGUAUUUUGUUUUGGGUCUGAAGUUUUUGUCAUUGAUAAUUAUGUUUAAUGUUUUAAAAAAAAAAUAUUUAAUUUUUAAGUGAGACCCUAUUUAUUUAUUUUUUGAUUAUAGGAAAAAAUUUAAAGUUUGCUUUUUUUAAUUGUUUAUUUCAGUGUUACAAAAUGAGGUAAUAAUGAAGUUUUUAACUGCUUAUUUUUGAUGAUUGUAGGCUAGUUAUCUAGUUCCAAACCCUGGAUAUAAAAUAUAAUUAAAAUUAAUUUAUCUACUAACAAUAUUAUGAAUUAAAAUUUUAGUUUUUACUAUUUAAACACAUUUAGAAAGUGAAUAAUUUUUAGACUGGUUUAGAUGUCAAAAUUUUUUGUUAGAAUCUCAUUAAUAAUGGUGAAAACAUAAUUUUUGGAUAUUGUAGAUAUUGACUGAUGUGCAUUAAAAUAAAACAAAAAACUGUUGAUAUUUAAUAUUUUUAUAAAAACUAUUUUACAAUAGUUCUAUUUCAUAGGUAAAUCAAUAAAGCAUUUAACAAUAUAAACCGAUAGUUUACAAAUAUAUUAAGCAUUAAAUAUUUUAUCAAAAAUGAUUAUUUUUUCACCUACCGCCAUAAAAGCUAAUAACUUGUUUUUGUUACAAACUUUAAAUUGUAUGGGACCAAAUAAAUUCCUUGUGUUUAUUAGAGAUAUUCAAAUCUUGGACUAUAUACAAACAAAUUUAUUGACAAUAUUUAACUUAAUUUUAUAUA